CAUGGGGCGGGCACUUUGAAGCAGCAGCAGCUAAUGGGUGUACGGUGGGGUUGACCGGAAGGAACUUGAAUAUCUACACGUGGGUCCGGUGCUGUCUGCCGAGCAUGUCUGGCCUGUUUAUUAAGAAAGGAACGGAGGGUCCCGGGAGGAGACGUCGUGCGGAGGCUGGGGAUACAGAAGCCGCAUCCCAAAAGAGAAAGAAGAGGAAAGGAGUAAACUUAAGAGAAGAGAUAGAGAGUGACUCUGAUACUGAGAGUGCACCAGUGCGAGCAAAGCCUCACGAAGAUGAAGAAGAUCUGGAGGAGACCGCUCAGGAGAAAAAGUUACGGCUAGCCAAAGAAUAUUUGCAGCAAUUGCAGGAACAAGAGGAGGAGCAGCUAGAAGAUGAGAGCCAAGAUGUCAUUGCAAGUAGACUUCAGGAGGAUGUGUUGGAGCAACGUGGGAAACUUCAGCGUCCCUUAGCCAAAGAGUUAAUACCCCCAGAACCAUCAGAGAUUCGCCUAUUCCGUGGCCACCAAGGACCCAUCACCUGCCUUGUGAUUACUCCUGAUGACAGAUACGUGUUUUCUGGCUCUAAAGACUGUUCCAUCAUCAAAUGGUCUGUGUGUGAUGGGAAGAAGGUCCACAAGAUCCCAGGUGGUAGAAAGGGUUGUGAAGACAAACAUGUUGGACACACUAGACAUAUUCUGUGCAUGGCAGUGUCCUCGGAUGGAAAAUAUUUGGCAUCGGGUGACCAGAACAAACUUAUCUUUAUUUGGAACGCUGAAACAUGUCAAAACCUUCAUAAAUUUCAAGGACACAGAGAUGCAAUAUCUGGGCUUUCUUUUCAGAAAGGAACUCACCAGCUGUUCAGUGCUUCACACGAUCGCUCUGUCAAAGUCUGGAAUGUAUCAGAGAAUUCCUACAUUGAAACAUUGUUUGGCCACCAGGAUACAAUCACAGGCCUGGACAGCUUGAGCAGGGAGAGAUGUGUGACCUCAGGUGGUAGAGAUGGGACUGUAAGAGUUUGGAAGAUUGCCGAGGAGACCCAACUUGUGUUCAGUGGCCAUGAAGGAUCAAUUGACUGCAUAAGGCUAAUAAAUGAGGAACACAUGGUUUCCGGAGCUGAUGAUGGAUCCUUGGCUCUAUGGAGUGUAUCCAAGAAGAAGCCACUUACAAGGGUGAGGUGUGCUCAUGGUCAACAUGGAGAUACUGGUCUGGAGCAACCAUACUGGAUUUCUGCAGUGUCUGCUGCUCUCAACAGUGAUGUGGUUGCCUCUGGUUCUAAUGAUGGCUUCUUGCGACUUUGGCGUUGUGGAGAAGGGUUCAGAGGCCUGCAUCCUCUAUUUACCGUUCCCCUGAUUGGGUCUGUGAACAGCCUGCAGUUUUCCAGCACAGCUGAUUUCCUGGUGGCUGGAGUAGGACAGGAACACCGGCUUGGGCGCUGGUGGAGGAUAAAGGAAGCCAAGAAUGGCCUGUAUAUAAUUCCUUUCAAGAGGAAAUUGCCUCUCAGCGAUGGAUCAUGAUCCUGCAUUGAUUCUUUUUUUUCCACCCCUUUCGUACAUCAGUACCGCAGUUCUCCUGUAUUUGCGCCCCCCCAAUGUUUCAGAAACUAAAUAUAAACAUUUAAUUAUAUAAACGUUUUGUUUCA